ACUUGAUGUUAACUAAUGAUGGUAUUGACACAAGUUACCUUUUUCCAUUUUGGUUAGCAGACUAUUCAGUAUGUUAAACUAAAGAUGAAUAAAAUACUGACUCCCUAGCGCUAAGUUAGAGCAGACAAACGGUAAAAGUACUAGUAAUUAUUUUAGUUUUGUAUUGAGGAAUAUAUUUCAUGUAGGUGAAAUACUCAUUUAGUACAGGGCUUAAAAACUACAGCCAAAGGGCUGAAACACCUUGUUACACUGAAAAAAGUCACAUACAGUGUAAGAAAUAACAAUGCAAGGCUGUUUUACUGUUAUUUAUGGGACUGUUUUAAUAUUCACAUUUUCUGUUUACAGUAAUUCGAUGAAGAGCACUGAUUAUAAGAAAUUACUGUCUACAGGAAGCAUGCCAGAGGAAUUGUAACCUUUUUCCCUUACCUCAGUGGCCCGUACUUCAAAAAUGGCUAUGUAAGUAGCUCAUAGUAAUAACUGAUACAACCAAAAUCACGUAUGUAUGUCCUUAUCAACUAUUCAUUGUUACAUAACUUAUUUUGUUUAUUCAUUUAUCAGUGUCUGUACAUGUCACUCUCCAAGGAACAUUAUUAUGAUGGCGAAAGUGGCACUGGGUACUUGGCCUGGAGGAUUAAAGCCAUACAGAGAUGCACUGCUAAAGAGAGGCGAUUAUCAUCUGGAGCACCAGGAGAUGGAUCAUCCAGUGAAGACCAGUGUGGCGGACCAACUGUCAGACGAGAGUUGCAGUUUGUUACAGAGAAGGUGCUGAGUGAGGAUGAGUGCAAGGAUACAAUCUCUCUGAUGAAAAAUUCAGCUGAUGAAGACACAUUCAAGAAGAAGAUGAAGUUGACAUUUGUUUAUCGACACAGCAUGGUCCUUGACCUCCUGCUGUCAAGCAACAUACCGUCUGUUUCUCCAUGUUUCAAAGAUAUCAAAGGCUUGAACGAACAGGAUUUUGUACUGAUGUUUGGUGAGGAUGUAUCAGGCAGGUUGCUGGAGAGGUGGCCAACAACAUUCAAAAGAAAGAUUAUCCAACAAGGCAGAAAGCUUCCUUCUACCAGUGACCUGAAAGAACUCUUGCUGGCAGCUGACUCACCUGAGGAUGCCACAGAAGUUAAUGCUGACAUUGGCUGGGACAGUGACCUCUCAGCAAUUCUAUUGCUAUUACACCUGAUUCCACCAUCUGGUCAGGGUCGGAAGAGACCAGGAAAGGUGUCAGCUUCUCAAGCAGAAAGGGGUCUUGUGGUCUUCAAGAAGACUGGAACAAAUAUCCAAGAGCACCUUGAUGCCAUCACUACCAGCACUCAACCCGACCUCCUGGCUGUUGGGGUGAAAAAGAAUGACAUCCACCAGUUCUUCAUUAUUCUUGACAAGAAUGUGAGAGGAGUAGGAAUAGUUUACUGCUAUUAUUUGCGGCUAUUUUUAUAAUCAUCAUUAACAUUUCAGUAUUAAUAGUGAUGUUGCAUUUAGAUGCAUUCAGAUGUUCAAAUAUAUGGUUAUAGUCUUUA